CUUGUUUAUUAUGUGAGAAUUUUUGGGGUGAGUGUUUAUUUAUUUAUUUUUUCAAACAAAGUAGAAGGGAGUUGUACUCCAGUCUAGUAGGUGGCGGUAAUGCAUAAAAUGUUGGUUGAAAAAGAAGUUCAACCUCACCGAAGAAGUGGAUUGAUGACGUAUCGACCUAAAAUGGCGAAAAAACUGCUUAGGAAAUCUCCUUCGUCCUCAAAUAAAUUCAAUAGUGCAAACAUGACGGAUGAUUUUCAAUUACAUCUCGACUCAAGCGACGACGACGCUCCAGAAGAGGUGACCUUCGAAGAGUCAAAGGCUUCUGCUCUACGGAGCAUGAAAAAUGCGUUGGAGACAUCCAAAAGAGAAAAGGAUUUGCUCAAAGAAAAGCGAAGGAAAAGACAGGAACUGUUUCAAGAACAGAAGAAAAGAAGACUUCUCCCUGCACAUAUUCUGGAAGAAAUUGACACAGCUCCAGCAAAAAAACAGAAGCUACCUGGAGAUCAAGCUGAAAGCAACCAUGAAGAGGCAAGCUGUUCAUGGGAGGAGGGGCGCGAAGGAUCGAAAGAAGGGUAUGAGAAAGAGACGAAGAAAGGAUUCAAAGGAAAUAUCCGGAGUCUGAAGGGUAACUACAGCGUAAUGAGGGUGGCGGACCAAUCUUCAACCAACUCCCAACAGCAGACAGCCAUGGAUUUUAUACAGGCCAGACUGUAUGGCCCGGGAAGUCAGAGGACGACAAACAAUGAACUUCUCUCCCUUGAAAAUAAGAGAGGCCCAAAUAAAAGUGCGGCCAUGCAGUUUGUGAAUAAGAAAUGGGGCACAGAGAAGAAAGCAAAGGCGGAGAAGUUGAAGAAGCAAUGGAUUCAGAAACAGAAGGUUCCCUCAAGCUGAGCAAAUAGGGAAAAUAUGGGGUGGACACCAAUCGGGUAAUCGCCCUUUCACUCUGCCCUGAUCUGAAGGUGCUGGAUAAGUUGAAUAAUUAUGGUUAUAGAUCAAACUAGCUUUCUGAUUUGGGUCAAAGUGCUUUCACCUAUCCAGGCCAUUGAGGAGCUGGAUCAAGCAUCUCCGAGUAGAAGUGCUGAUCAUGUAAUUUGUCACAAAAAUGUAAAUGCCACAUGUAAAGUGUUGGUCCCAUGUUUCAUGAGCUGAAAUAAAAUAUCCCAGAAAUUCACACAAAAAGCUUCUCAUUGUGUGCACAUCCCUGUUAGUGAGCAUAUCUGACAGGUGUGGCAUAUCAAGAAGCUGAUUAAACAGCAUGAUAAUUACUAGGGCUGUCCCAGACUAAAGAAAAUCUUGGUCAACCGAGUCAUCCUGUUCUGUCAAUGUUUAAAUGUAUUGUUCCACAGUCACACACCCUGUGUUUGAAUAAAAUCAACUACACAUAAA